UACGAGUUCGACUGAUACGAAGAUCGACAUCCUCAUCGGUAACAUGGAGUCCAUGUCGCAACUAGUUGCCAACCAGUCGACGGACAUGGGCACCAUCAAGGAUGCCUGCAAAGCAUCCAUGGAUCGCUGUGCCACGCUCGCCGACCAGAUGACGAUGAUGAGCCGAGAGUACCAAUCGCGCCAUCAGGAGUUGCAGGAGUCGGUGAACGCCUCAUUGAAUGCGCUUGACUAUCGGAUGGGCAUCCUCGAGCAGGGAGGCGUCGACGUGGCCAUGAUAGGCACCGACCCCGCGCUGCAGGCCAAGGUUGCUGCGAUCGCGGGCUCAUUGGCUGAACUCUUGGACCGGCAGCGCACCUCCGAGAAGCACAUCGCCGACAUCCA